CGCGACCAUUCUUUGCUAAAAUCUGCUUCUGACAGCGGAUCCGAAAGAUCCUCGUUGUAUUUGCUUACACGUUAAAUUGCUCGCACAACGCCCCGUUUAUCAAGACAACUAUCAUUAAGGAAAAGCUACGAGCACCUGUCUCGUACUCGUUGUGAAUGCGAGUCUCGUCAGGGUCAGUAUCGUAUUUAAUCUCGCGAGAUGCCUUCCGCGCGAGGAGACCCGACUUUGCGAAGGUUGUGCGGUUCUCGCUCUCGAUCGGCCCGUCCUUUUUCAAAAAGCACUCGCGAAGAUAUAUGUAUAUACAUCAUCUGGCUAUUUGUAUUACUCAUUCGCAGAACGAGCGAGCGACAUGUGUCAAUGGACGAAUGAAUCGUGAGUCGCGACACAUUGUCAUCCUUCGAGAAAACGAACAGAGAAAUACAUCGCUUAGCUAUUCGGGGGCGAAGAGAGAGAGGACAAAACCUGUCGGAGGAUGUAGAAUACAGUAUGAAGUCAAAUAAGAAGAAACAGAAUAGAAAAGAGGGCAAAACGAAUGGUAGAGCGAAGAAGAAGAGGAACGGAUCAGCGAUGCCUAAAUCUUCGACUGUUCCUUGGGAUGGGCGCCGAGGUCACUAACCGGCAACUAUAAAAGCGGCCUGGGACCGGUGGCACGGCCUUGAUUCUCUCUUAAGACCCUUAGUAGCCAACAGUGUCGAUCAAGACCUGAAAGAAUUGAUCAUCUUCGAUGCCUUUGCGUCAUUUUCUUUCCGCGAUGGAGUCUGAAGAUGAAUGAUGUAAAAGAACCGCUUUUUGGAAUUUUGAUUCGCCACCGAUUGCGAUUAAUAUUAUGCGAAACCUUGUAGCAAGAAGUCAAUCAGUUAUGAACGAGGUGUAAGAGAAAAAAAAAUGAAAACAGCUACAUCCUAAUGUCUACAUAAUGCAGCGAUAACAAUCUUGCAGUCGAAGUUAUUAUUAAAACGCAAAAGACAGCCUGUCCCUUUCACCGACGAUGCGAAUUUUUUUCUUCAGAAAAGAGAAAACAAAUGACCGAUAGAUCGACCACUCGUAAGUUCAAGGCGAAUCCCGUUGCCACUCCCUAAGAUAGGGUGCCUUAUUUUUGGAAGUUCCCGAAGAGAAGGCUCGUUCAAUUUGCGUAGACUUGUAUCAUUAUUAUGUAAUCCAUGGAUAGACAAUGCAUGUUUAGCGAUAAGAAGCGGUGACACUUUAAUUAAAAAUAUCAUCGAGCGACGUCCUAAACAGAUCCCUUGAGAGAUCCCAGUACAUCCCACAUGGCAAUUUAUAUCGCAAACGAUCAAGAGGGUAGGAGCGCUCGAAACCGAAGAGAGAUUUCGUCUUGGGCGUCCAAGUCCAGGGCGUUUACGUGUACGAAGUCGUGCUCCUCUUGUGGUCAAGGUCACCGCAGAGCGGGGGACUUAGUAGGCAGGAUGUUGGACCCCCUUCCCCCGGAAUGGAGGAGUAGGUAUAUAUAUGCGUCCUCACGCAUCCGGAAUACCAGAUUGUUGGCCCUCUCCGUUGGCCGCUCCAUCGGUGGUGGUGGUCUUUUAAAAUUCAUCGCGGUGUCCAAGGAGAGCACGCACCUGGAGGAGACCUAGAAAAAAGCCCUUGCGAAUCGAUCAGUGUGGUCAGAUCGCGUGCCGUUAACAGCCAGUCAUGGUGGCUUGGAUUAUCCUCUUGACGCUGGUGAGCUUAUCGUCAGCUGUCCCUUCGAAACGACAAGUAUCAAUUGAAGAAAUCCUGCCUUUCACACCAUCACGGAAUGAACAACGUGGUUCCGUUCGCUCGUUCCGGAGAGAUGCCAUCGAGAGGCCACCGACUCCGACAUUCGAUCGCCUGUCAAAUUAUUUUGAUUAUGGUAAUGAGUUUGGCUCGCAUAGAUAUCCUCUGCGUGAUGCAGUCGAAUCGUUACCAGCCAACGUCCUUUACGCUGAAUCGAGUCACAAAUUUCGAGAUGACUUUGAGAGCGAAAACAGAAGAUUACCUUUGAGAGAUGCAGUGGAACAUCGCGAAUCACCUUUUAUCAGUGUCGAUGUGGAUUACGAGUCGAUUUGGAUCGAACCUGUGGCACCGCCAAUCCUGCGAGGAACGCAAAAUUUUGAACCUAAAAUUGUCUGCCGCUUUAAUUCCAAAGCUGUUCAUAGAACGGAACCGUUCUCUUUGCUUCCAGAAAAUGUGCCAGAUCACAAGUGUACUCAUCUGAUAUACGAUGCUGCCAUUUUGGAGAAAGACAAUAUCUUCCUUAGAGAUCCAUAUGAUCAAGACGGUUAUAAUGCUAUUAUAAAACUUCGUUCGCGGGAUCCAACACUACGUGUGCUCAUAUCAAUCACAAAUCUGAAUUUACACGACGGUCUAUUCAUCCAAUAUUUCUCCCACACGACUCUAUUUCGGCAAAAGUCUAUUCUCGAGUUCCUCGAGGAAUAUCCCUUCGAUGGCAUCGAGCUCGACUGGCCGGCUGCUGCCGAGGAUUGGCAAAGCUUCAAGAGUAUGCUCAAAAUAAUCGGCGCUUUAUUGAGUAGAAAAGGAUAUACUUUGGCGGUGGCAUUGAGACCGGAAGAUCCUGUGGAUCCAGAGCUCCUGUCAAUCGUCGAUUUGUUAAUUUUAAGAAGCUGGCAAGAUAUGUCAUUUUGUCAAGACAGCAGUUGCAAAAUGAAAAAUGAAAUAAUGGAGAAAAUUGCCCUUCAUCCGGGUCCCUUAAGUUUUGUCGCGCAAAAUAUGAGUGAAUGGAUCAGACAAGUCAGCAUCGAACAAAGAUCAAAGAUCGUUCUCGCUUUACCAAUCUUUGGUCAGGGAUACACCCUGAAAUAUGAUAAUCUUACUGACACCGGCGCGCCCAUUUUGGGACCUGGCAGAGAGGGUGAUUAUACUAAACAGCAAGAUGGAAAAUUAGCUUAUUACGAGAUAUGUGAUAAAUUGGAGAAAGGAUUGUGGUUCUCAGGCAGGGAUGAGGAAGGACCGUACAUAAAGCGUGGCGAUCAGUGGAUCGGCUAUGACGACCCUAUAUCGGUUAAAGUUAAAAUAGCAUAUGUUCGGGCGACGGGACUUGGCGGGGUUGCCUUAUGGUCGCUGGAUCUAGACGAUUUUCAAGGUAUUUGUGGAAAUCCUUGGCCGAUGCUAAACACAGCUGUGGAAGCUUUAGGAUAUUAUAAGGAUACGCUGGCAGUAAAUUGUCUACAUGAGUAUUACCUCUUCGGAGUGGAUCAAGAAGAUUGUUCGAGAUUUUAUUCUUGCAUCAAAGGAAAGCUGCAUCAUGGUCACUGUGGACAUAAUCGGCAUUUUAAUUUACUCGAGGAACGCUGUCUGAUGAAUACUCCGGAGAAACUUUCGACAUUGUACGGAAAAAAAACUUGCAAAUUCAAUGUUUUCGAACCAAUCCGUCAAGACCUUUCAUCAGGAAUAUCGUCGAAGCAGAAAAAUAUGUUGCUGCGACAGAAAGGACCAAGAGUGGUGUGUUAUGUAACUUCUUGGGCUCUGUACCGUAAAGAAGAUGGCAAAUUUGUGCCGGAACAUUUAGAUUCACAGCUUUGCACCGACAUUGUCUACGCUUUCGCCGGAUUGAAUCCUGAAACCUUACUGAUGCAGUCAUUCGAUCCUUGGGCUGACAUCGAAAAUAAUUUGUAUCAACGAGUAACUUCUAUCAGAGGAUCGAGAAUUUUACUAGCACUGGGCGGAUGGACAGAUAGUUCUGGCGAUAAAUAUUCUCGAUUGGUCAGCAAUGACGCGGCUCGUCGUAAGUUUGUCGCGGCCACAGUGAAUUAUUUGAAAGAGCACAACUUUGAUGGGCUGUCAUUUGAGUGGAGUUAUCCAAAGUGCUGGCAGAGCGAUUGUAAAAAGGGUCCGGAUUCUGACAAACCCAAUUUGACCAAACUCAUACAAGAACUAAGAGAGGAAUUCGACAAACAGGAACCACCUCUUCUCUUAGCCAUUGCGUUAUCAGGAUAUAAGGAAGUUAUCGAUAGAGCAUAUGAAGUGCGCGAGAUCUCGCGAGCCGUAGACUUCAUGUCGGUUAUGGCCUAUGACUAUCACGGCGCCUGGGAAUCCAAAUCAGGACAUAUAGCACCCUUGUUCGGCUCACCUAGUGAUAGCAAUCCUUAUUAUAAUGUCAAUUUUACCAUGAGCUACCUCGUUAGGCUCGGUGCUGAAAAAUCUAAACUUCUAGUCGGCAUUCCAUUGUACGGUCAAUCUUACCGACUUUCUACUGCGAGCCAAGCUGGUUUGGGUGAUCCUACGACCGGUCCCGGUAAGCCAGGAGAGUUCACCAAACAACCUGGAAUGUUGGCUUAUUAUGAGAUUUGCGAUAGGAUUAAACAGUAUGGUUGGAAAACAAAACCCGGACCAAGUGCUCAGUUUGAGGAUCAAUGGGUAGGUUUCGAAGAUCGAGAAAGUGUCUACGCUAAAGGUAAAUAUAUAGCAGCUAACGGCUAUGGUGGAGCUACAAUGUGGACCGUUGACCUAGACGAUUUUCAAAAUCGUUGCUGCUCAGAGUCAUAUCCUCUAUUGAAAUCUAUUAAUCGUGCACUAGAUCGUUUAUCGACGCCAAUCUCGGAAGACUGCCAACGUCCACCGCAACCGGUAACACCACAAGCACCAACAUUGACCACUCAUAGCGAUGCUGCGAACAACGGUAAUUCACAUCAUACUACGCCGAUGACAACAUCCAGCACUCAAACUACAACAUGGCCCACAUGGACGGAAAGACCAAGCACUGCCACCCAGCAGACGACCAAAACUACGUGGCCUAUGUGGACAUGGACCACUCAGAAACCAUCUAGCAAGAUUCCAGAGGAAACGACAAAACCUAGUUGGAUACAAGAACCAAGUACAACCAGUAGCACUACGAGCUGGACUACAUCGAGAGCACCUACUACACGGCCUACCACGACAACUACCACAACACAGGAAUCAAUUAUCACCACGCCAGGAACGACCUGCACUGACGGCGAAUACUACAGUGAUCCCGCGAGUUGCAGCAAUUAUUACAGAUGCGUUCGCGGCGAGUUAAAGCGCGAGCAGUGCGCACCAGGGUUGCAUUGGGACGCGAAACGACAUCUCUGCGAUUGGCCAUCGGCAGCGAAAUGUCAAACAGAAACUGGUUCGACACACAUAUAUACUUCGACAACAAAUCGACGUCCUUUGUUAAGUUCAACCAGAAGACCACCUUCUUUCACAACCACCGUUAAAAUCACGUCGACGAUGACAACAACAACGACGACGCCAACAACAACGACGACGCCAACAACAACGACGCCAACAACGACCACAAAAUUCACCACGUCAAAACCUAUUAUUUUCGUGACAUCGACGCAAAAACCAUUAAAACCAUGCCAACACGGACAAUACUACCCUUAUCCGAAUUCAUGUACGAGCUUCCUAGUCUGCGUAAACGGCGAACUCGUCUCGCGACAAUGCGGCCCGGGUUUAAACUGGAAUGUUGAAAAGAACAUGUGUGAUUGGGCCUUUAAAAACCCCUGUGUCGAGACCUCACCUCAUAAAAACGCUCUGCUUGUGGGAAAAGAUAACACCUGCAUCUCCGGCAGCUACAGUAGCGUACCAGGUGACUGCGGAAGCUACCAAGCAUGUCUUUGGGGUCAUCAAGAAGUGUUUAGUUGCGCGCCAGGUUUACAUUUCAACAAAGAGACCCGUAUUUGUGACUGGCCGGCUCGGGCAAAAUGCGCGAACGAUGACAAGGAAGCCACCACGCAGAUAACAAUACCCACGACGAAUUUACCAGUUCAACCAUCUUCGACUUCGCAGAAACCGGUCACGCAACCUACGGCUACGGAACAAACACUCGUUACGUCAACCACGAGCCAGCCUACAUCGACCCUGCCUUCUGCAAUUAUAGAUCCUGACAAAGUGUCCCCUCUAUCUGGCGACUUUAAAGUAGUGUGUUAUUUUACUAAUUGGUCGUGGUACCGUCGCGGAAUUGGCCGUUAUCUUCCGGAACAUAUCGAUCACACCUUGUGCACACACAUCGUGUACGGUUUCGCGGUGCUAGAUUAUUCCGAGCUAGUGAUUAAAGCUCAUGAUUCUUGGGCGGAUUACGACAAUCGUUUCUACGAGCGGGUAGUGGCUUACAAGAAACGGGGUCUUAAAGUACUUCUCGCGUUAGGCGGCUGGAAUGAUUCGGCUGGUGACAAGUACAGUCGAUUGAUACACAGUCUGUCUGCCAGAAACAAGUUUAUCGAUCAUGCUAUUCAAUUCAUAGAGAAAUACGGCUUUGAUGGCUUGGAUCUUGAUUGGGAAUAUCCUGUUUGUUGGCAGGUGGAUUGCAACAAGGGCCCAGAUUCGGACAAAGAAAGAUUCGCGACUUUAUUGCAGGAAUUGAGCGCAAAGUUCAAACCGAAAGGACUUUUACUCUCAGCAGCAGUCUCGCCGAGCAAGAAGGUAAUCGACAAGGGCUACGAUGUGCCGGCGCUGGCCAGAUAUUUAGAUUGGAUCGCCGUUAUGGCAUACGAUUAUCACGGACAAUGGGAUAAAAAAACUGGUCAUGUGGCGCCCAUGUAUUAUCAUCCAGACGAUGACUACUCUUAUUUCAACGUUAAUUAUUCUAUCAAUUACUGGAUUUCGAAGGGUGCGCCACCCAAGAGUAUCGUUAUGGGUAUGCCAUUGUACGGACAGUCCUUCACAAUUAACGAUCCGAGAGCGGGAACUGGUCUGAAUUCCCCCGCUAGCGCUGGAAAUGCCGGUGAAUUCACCAGAGCUGCAGGUUUUCUAUCUUAUUACGAGAUCUGUGAUCGCGUGCGCAAUCGCGGCUGGACAGUAGUGCAGGAUCAAGAAUACAGAAUGGGCCCAUAUGCUUACAAAGGCAGCCAAUGGGUCGGUUUCGAUGACCCAGAAAUGAUUCGGCGGAAAGCGCAAUUCAUACGCGACAUGGGCUUAGGUGGAGGCAUGGUAUGGGCUUUAGAUUUGGACGAUUUUCGCGGACGAUGCGGCAACGGACCUCAUCCGCUAAUGCACGUGAUCCAACAAGUGUUGGCGAAACCGCGAAGCGACAUGUACAUAUGGUCCGAAAAUCAGAAGCCAACAACAACGACGAUGUCGGUCACCAUCAAACCCACACAAACGAUACAACCGACUAUGUCAGUAGAUCAUACUACGCUUAAUACUCCCAGAAACGAAUUGAAAGUCAUUUGCUACUUUUGCAAUUGGGCCUGGUAUCGACAGGAGGGCGGUAGAUUCAUGCCAGAAGACAUAGAUCCCGACCUCUGCACCCAUGUGCUUUACGGAUUUGCUGUUCUCGAUGGUAGCAGCUUGACAAUUAAGUCUCACGAUCCUUGGGCUGACAUAGACAACAAGUUUUACGAAAGGGUGGCGGCAUUCAAGUCGAAGGGCCUGAAAGUACUAAUGGCAUUGGGCGGUUGGAAUGAUUCAGCUGGCGAUAAAUACAGCAGACUUGUAAACUCACCUACUGCUAGACAGAAAUUUGUUGCGCAAGCUUUGCACUUUAUCGAAAAAUAUGGUUUUGAAGGCCUAGACUUAGACUGGGAAUAUCCAGUGUGCUGGCAAGUGGAUUGCAACAAAGGCCCAGAGUCUGAUAAAGAAGGUUUCAGCCAGCUGGUAAAAGAACUGAGCGAUGAAUUCAAGCCGAGGGGGCUGCUUCUGUCCGCAGCUGUCUCACCGAGUAAAAGGGUAAUCGACGCAGGAUAUGAUGUUCCUGUUUUGUCAAAAUAUUUAGACUGGAUAUCUGUAAUGACCUAUGAUUUCCAUGGGCAAUGGGACAAAAAGACAGGUCACGUGGCACCGUUAUAUCAUCUUCCAAGCGACUGGGAGCCAACAUUUAAUGCCAAUUUUUCGAUCCAUUAUUGGAUAGAGAAAGGUGCGAAUCCACAGAAGCUAGUCAUGGGCGCUCCAUUAUACGGACAAUCAUUUUCAUUGGCGGAAAUAAAUGUGCACGGAUUAAAUGCGCCAACUUAUGGUGGUGGUGAGGCUGGAGAGGCAACCAGAGCAAGAGGCUUCUUAUCAUAUUAUGAGAUAUGCGAAAGAACAUUAAAAAGAGGCUGGACGGUUAUUCAAGACAAAGAAAGGAGAAUCGGUCCUUAUGCUUACAAAGGUGAUCAAUGGGUGAGCUUCGACGACGCUCAACAAAUUAAAUUAAAAGCAGAAUUUAUUAAGAAACUUGGUCUUGCUGGUGGGAUGGUCUGGGCUUUAGACCUGGACGAUUUUAAGAACAGAUGUGGCUGCGAACCUAGCCCGCUAUUGAGAACGAUGAAUCGAGUGUUGAGAAACUAUCCGGAGGGCCCGCUGUGUCCUGUUACGGAAGGUACGGAAACUAUCAUAAUCGAUAUUGACCAGACUGAUAUGGAGUCUACAACUGUCAGUGAACGUCCGAUAUAUGAAUCUACAACGUCGCCGAGGCCAACGUAUACACCAUCAAUCACAACAACGACAGUGACAACGACGAUAGAAUCAGAUACGGACGACACCAUUGAGAUCGAAGCGAGUUCGCCACCACCGAUUGAUUGCGGAGGACUUUUGUUCCUACCGCACCAAAGCGAUUGCACCAAAUAUUAUUUAUGUAACUUCGGCAAGAUCUCGGAACAGUCCUGUCCAACUGGACUGUUUUGGAAUAAAAACCGAUGUGAUUGGCCGGAGAAUACCAAGUGUACUCAGACUGCUCAGCGUCAAAUAAGCAUGUCGCCAAGACUGACAACAGUCGAAAAUGCGAGCGAUAAGAAGGUGGUUUGCUAUUAUACUUCUUGGUCUUCGAAACGGAUGAGCUUUGGCAAAUUUUUGCCAGAGGACAUCGAUGGAGAACUGUGCACGCAUAUCGUUUAUGCCUUUGCUACGCUAAAUAUCAAGGAGUCGGAAAAUAGGAGAAAUACACCGACAUUUACAUUGAAUGUCGACGAUUCUACUGAUAUUUAUAGACACUUUCUCAAUAAAGCAGCAGAAGUUAGAAAAAAAAACGGCGUUAAAAUAUUACUCGGUUUAGGAGGAUGGAACGACUCGAAGGACAACAAGUACAGCAGGUUGGCUGAUUCGUCAACGAUUGGACAGUUUGCACAAUAUACGGCGCAAUUUGUUCAGAAGCACGGUUUCGAUGGUUUGCAUCUUAAUUGGCAAUUUCCGGUAUGCUGGCAGGCCGAUUGUAAUAACGGUCUUCAGCGCGAUAGUUUCAACUUUUAUCGCCUGCUUCAUAAAUUCAACGAAACUUUUAAAUCUAAAGAACUUCUAUUAUCCAUCGAGGUCUCAGCGAGCAAGAUCGUCAUUGAUAACGCUUAUAUCGCGAUUCCGUCCUUGGUACAAUAUGUGGAUUGGAUCGGCAUAAUGACAUACGACUAUCAUAACUCCUGGGAACGCGAAACCGGUCAUGUUGCACCGCUCUAUUAUUAUCCUAGCGAUGAUACGGUAUUUCUAAACGUCAACUUUUCCGUGAGAUACUGGCUCGACAAGGGUGUACCGGCCAAUAAGAUUAUCAUGGGUAUUCCCGCUUACGGAUCGAGCUUCACUUUGGCCGUACCGCAAAAUUAUACCGUUGCAUCCCCAGGCUUCCAUGCAGAAGUCUCCGGACCUGGAGAACCUGGAAAAUUCACGAAAUCGUCCGGUUUCCUAGCUUAUUAUGAAAUAUGUGAUAAUGUGAGAAAUGAUGGCUGGUCCGUGACGAAAGAUCCGGAAGGACGUGUGGGACCCUACGCAUCGAAACGCUAUCAGUGGGUCAGUUAUGACGAUAUAUCCGAUAUAGCGAGAAAGGCCGAUCUGAUAAAAGAACUAAACCUUGGCGGCGGUAUGAUCUGGUCUAUUGAUCUGGACGACUUCAAAAACCUAUGCGGCUGCGGAAAGUAUCCAUUGCUGACGACCCUGAAUCGCAAACUCGGAAGAAGGCAGCCCGGUCACGCGACCGAUUGCACUUGAACUGCAUAAGAGCGAUAACGUGUAUAUCAAAGAAUGUUGUUUUUAUCGCGGUCAUGACCCUUUAUUUGAUAAUGUCGAGUGAUCUUUUUAUCUCUACUCUACCAUGGAGCAUGGAGAUUCUAAUCAAAAUAUUUACUAUCAUGAAUAUAUAAAUGUUGUGAUUUCCAGUGGCUGAUUUUUCUUUUAGUUUAAAAAGUGACGUAAAUCAGCUUCUUUUACGUUGCCUAAUACUUGUAAUAAUCAUAAAUAUUUCUCGGAAUUCUCUAUCGAAUAAAGGGUUAAUCGAAUGCAAUCAAUAAAUGCAUUAUCAAGUGACACAAGUUGCUCAAUACGAAUACGAAAAAUCGUAGCGAACUCUUUCUCAAAUAUUGGACACUGAGAAAAAGUCAUUUCGAGUGUCGCUUAAAUCCAUUGUAAAAGUGUGAUAUCCUAAUAUUACAUAUUCAUGCUUAUGUGUUAUUUUAUUUUCUAUAUAGAGAAAAUCAAUUAAUCCAGCCAAAUUUUCGGGUGAUUACAUAAAAAUCUCGGACGAUUCGCGAUCGCGAAAUUGAAAAUUCUCACAAUAAAUAUGAUACUACGUACUAUACUAUACUAAUGCAUUAUAAGACGUACGUAUAUGCUUAAUAAUGUAUAUUGUGACACUCUUCCGGAUGACGUGAAUGAAAGUUUCGUAAAUAAAGAAAAAUAAGAAGAACAUAUGCAUCGAAGAUUGUCUCUUUUUCUGGCAUAUGCAUCUUCACGUCACCUGAGAAGAUUAAUCUAAGAAGAUUAUCGUUUUAGUGUAAGUCUUAUAAUUAAGAUUUUUAUCUCACACGCGUUUAUUAAAUACAUGAUUGAUUUUCUCGAGAUUAAAGAUUUAAAAAUUAGUGAAAUAUGACUGAAAAAACAAUAAAUUACAUAUGACUGUUGUUUAUAAACAACAUACAUAAUAUUAUGAUACAUCAUGAUAUUGCACAUAUUCGAUUCUUGAUGCGAAAAAUGUAAUAAAAUAGUUAUAAACUGAUUAUAAUUCAAGAUCAUACAAAAUAAAGGAUAGAACCGAGCAAAUUUGCAUCAUACAAAAUAAAAGGACAAAAAUCGAAAAAAUUGCAUAUUACAUGAUCGCCAAUUUAAAGUAGAACCAAAGUUCUUCGAUUGAAUUAUAUAUCAUGGAAAUGUGUAACAUUUAUUGCAAUAUUAAACGAUACAUUUUAAAAGA